GCGGGAACAGUAAAAUGGCGCCAGAACUAGUGGCGGGCUGAGCACACUGGGCCACUCGAAGCCGGCCCUGCGGUCCCCGGGCCGACCCGGCCCCUCCCGGACAUGGAGGACGUGGAGGCGCGCUUCGCUCACCUCCUGCAGCCCAUCCGCGACCUCACCAAGAACUGGGAGGUGGAUGUGGCGGCCCAGCUGGGCGAAUAUCUUGAGGAGCUGGACCAGAUCUGCAUUUCUUUUGACGAAGGCAAAACCACAAUGAACUUCAUUGAGGCAGCACUGCUGAUCCAGGGCUCCGCUUGUGUCUACAGUAAGAAGGUGGAAUAUCUCUACUCGCUGGUCUACCAGGCUCUUGAUUUCAUCUCUGGCAAGAAGCAGGCCAGGCAGCUCUCCUGUGAGCGGGAAGACGGUCCCGUAGGGGACGCCGGCCCCAGGGCCCCCCAGGAAGCGGAGUGUGAGUUCCUGCCAUUGGAUGACCUCUCUGAUGCCCGGGCCAACGUGGAUCUGCGGAGCGACCAGGCCCCCAGUGAGACCCUCAUCGUCCCCCUCCUGCCCAUGGCCCUGGUAGCCCCUGAUGAGAUGGAGAAGAAUGGUAACCCCCUGUACAGCUGUCGAGGGGAGGUCCUGGCCAGCCGGAAGGAUUUUAGGAUGAAUACGUGCACCCCCCACCCCAGAGGAGCCUUCAUGUUGGAGCCCAUGGGCGUGUCCCCCACGGGGGCACUGCUGCCUUGGAACCAGAAGGAGGCUGGGAGGGCUGAGGAGCGGCCAGUGGAAGUCUCUGUGUGCAGGCAUCCAGUCCCGGUACCCAGCACCUCCCAGGAGCCAGGCACCACUCCAGAAGGCCCAGUGCCCGGAGGUGGGGGUGAGGAAGAGGAUACAGAGGGGGCAGCAGAGCCCCCCGAGGCCUCAGCCCCUGAGGUCCUGAUGGAGCCGCAGGAGCCCAGAAGCCCCGAGCAGAGUGCGGCCCAGCCCAGGAGGUGUGCACCACGGGAGCCUGCGUCCCGGCUGAAGGAGACCCCAGACCCCUGGCAGGGCCUGGACCCCUUCGACUCCCUGGACUCUAAGCCCUUCAGGAAAGGUAACUGGGGGAGGGGCACUGCCCCAGGGCAUCUGGGGCUGGGCUCACCUGGCUUGAGUGGAGGCUGGGGCUCCAGGGCCCGCGGGCACGGUGACCUGCCCUGGGCCAUAUGGUUGUGCUCCGAGACCGUCUGUUUGCCCCCAGGUCGGCCCUACUCGGUGCCCCCCUGUGUGGAGGAGGCUCCAGGACAGAAGCGUAAGAGGAAGGGUGCUGUCAAGCUGCAGGACUUCCACCAGUGGUACCUGGCUGCCUAUGCUGACCACGCUGACAGCAGGAGGCCCCGGCGAAAGGGCCCUUCCUUUGCAGACAUGGAGGUGCUGUACUGGAGGCACGUGAGGGAGCAGCUGGAGACCCUCCGGAAGCUGCAGAGGAGGGAGGCGGCUGAGCGGUGGCUGCCGAGGGCUCAGGAGGAACCGUGGCCUGCGGAGGAGGACCGGCUGGAGGACUCCCUGGAGGACCUGGGAGCGGCAGCAGGUGACUUUCUGGAGCCCGAGGAGUACGCAGAGCCUGAGGGGGCCGAGCCUGGGGAAGACGCAGACCUGGAAGCAGAAGCCAUGCCGGCAUCUCCAAGCUACGAGGAGCUGGUCCGAAGGAACGUGGAGCUCUUCAUCGCCACCUCGCAGAAAUUCGUCCAGGAGACAGAGCUGAGCCAGCGCAUCAGGGACUGGGAGGACGUCAUCCAGCCCCUGCUCCGGGAGCAGGAACAGCACGUGCCCUUUGACAUCCACGCUUACGGGGACCAGGUAGUCUCAAGGUUCAGCCAGCUCAACCAGUGGUGUCCCUUCGCGGAGUUGGUGGCGGGCCAGCCUGCCUUUGAGGUGUGUCGUUCCAUGCUGGCCUCCCUGCAGCUGGCUAACGACUACACGGUGGAGAUCACCCAGCAGCCUGGGCUAGAGGCGGCGGUGGAUACCAUGUCCCUGAGACUGCUCACGUACCAGCGGGCCCACAAGCGCUUCCAGACCUAUGCUGCCCCCUCCAUGGUCCAGCCCUGAGCGGGGAGCACUGAGACCGGGGUUGGGCCCUGGAGGCCUGUGUCCCCCGCAGGUGCUGGGCACGCAUCUGCUCAGUCCACUUUGCUUCCUGGCUCGCCCAGCCCAAUAAAGCGUUGCCGCCCCACCAAAGCCUUUA